AUGUCCAACCAAAGACAAGCCUCAUCCGCCUCCCAAGUCCCCCACCUCUCCCCCGCGGAACUUUCCUACCUCUACACUUCACUCAGCCUCCCUCAGAACCCAAUCCGACCCGAUGGUCGCUCCCCAACACAAUUCCGACCUCUAUCAGCCGAGACCACCGUUCUGCCGGGCGCAAAUGGUAGCGCGCGCAUUGGGUUCGCAGACGGCACUCAGGCAAUCGUCGGUGUCAAAGCCGAGGUUGAGAAGACAGUCCUCGCAGCCGAUACCCUCGACUCACGGAGUUUGGCGCAGCAUGGUGACGCGCUGAACCGCGAGGGCGAGGAAGGCUCUGCUGCUGUCUCCGGGCAAGGCGAGUGGGUUCAGAUGUCCAUUGAGAUUCCCGGGUAUCGAGAUGACGAUGCGCUUCCUAUCUUCUUGGGUGAGAUGAUGCGCGAGAGUCUGGUUGGAUCGGUUGAAAAUAAGGAUGAAAUGGCUGGAGGGUUGAAGGCAAGGCUUGUUAUUAACAAGCGCUGGCAUUGGAGAUUGUAUAUUGAUGUCCUCCUUCUCUCUCAACCCCUCUCCUACCCUCUGCCCCUCCUCUCUCUUACAACCCAUCUCGCUCUCCUCAGCACCAAGCUUCCGAAACUGAAGUCGACGGGCGAAGAAGACCCGUUCUUCGACGACGACUGGGCUGCCGCGGAAUAUCUGUACCCGCGCUCAAAACCUUCGUCUGGUCUUUCCCAUCCUGUCCGGCCGCCUGUGACACUUCUUGUUGUCUCAGUGGGCGAGAAUAUUAUCUUCGAUCCCAACCGCGAGGAGAUCUCAGUCGCAGACGCUGUUCUGGCAAUCUCUAUCAACCGCAGUCAUGACUCUGAUUCUCUGAAGCUGCUUUCUAUUCGCUCUAUUGAUCCGCCCUCUCGUCUAACGCAGCCUGGUAUUCCGGACACUGAGAAUGUGAACAUGUCUGGUGCCAUGUCGGGUGAGAAUCCCAGCCAGGAGGAAGUCAGUGGCGUCUGGAGACCUCGUCGGGGUGGAGUCAAGCGCUCGGUCAUCGCGCGCAUGAUCAAGACGGUUCUUCGAAAGGGAGGCGUUGGUGAGGAGGUUCUUGAAGGCCUUGAGGGCGUGGAAGUACAUUGA